AUGACUACUAAAGGAGGGAUUAGAGGAUUACCAACUCAGUUCUUAUUGGAGAUAGCUCGUUACUUUUCCAGAAUGAAGAGUACAGUUGCUUUUGAGACAAUCUUUGCUCUACUUGCUUACAGAUUGUUCUUAUUUCCUAAUGUGGACAAGUUUGUCGACAUUAACACUAUCAGGAUUUUCAUGAUUGGAAACCCAGUUCCUACACUAUUGGGUGAUGCUUAUUAUUCUGUUCAUAUUCGGAAUUAUUAUCAUGGGGGAAUGAUUAUCUGUUGCACGCCUCUAUUGUACCGGUGGUUCAUUUCUCAUAUGCCUCGGUCUGAUGCUUUUUGGGAUGUCAAGAAGGAACCCCAUUGGGCUCCAAAGAUCAUGGCACUUACUCACUCGGAUAUUGAUUGGUAUCAUCGAGCUUACCAGGACGUAGAGAUUAUUGACAAUUAUGGUAGUUUCCCCAAUGUACCGCUUCUUGGUACAAAGGGAGGAAUUAACUAUAACCGUGUUCUUGCACUGUGA